GUAUGCUGUUCGCUGGAUUCAAUCAACAAUAAUGAAAUAAAACCCCUUCCUGCCGAUAAAAUCAAUAAAUGUGGUGUUCGAAACAAAGAAGGAGUUGGUGUAAAAAUAGUAGGAAAUGAGCUAGGAGAAGCACAGUAUGGUGAACUACCAUGGAUUCUGAUGGUUCUCAAAUCUACAAUAGUGUUGGGUACUGAUAAAUUUCAGCAAGUUGGAUCCGCCUCACUGAUUACCUCAAAUGUGGCACUCACAGCCGCCCACAUUUUGGCCGAUAUUGACCGUGAUGCACUAAUUGUUCGGGCUGGUGAAUGGGACUCACAGAAGGAUAACGAAAUAUUUCCAGUAGAGGAGCGGAAAGUGAAACGAGUUAUAAUACACGAAGGAUACGAUUCUCAGUAUAACAACAACAUAGCUUUACUGAUAUUCAACAAACCUCUGGAACUGCACAAGCACAUUCAACCAAUCUGUUUACCGUCACCAACAGUUCAAUACGAUCGUGAAUCUUGCUUAACGAGUGGAUGGGGCAAAAAGAAUUAUGACGACAAGCAACAUAUGCACCUUAUGAAAAGAGUCGAACUUCCGAUGGUAGAUCAUGACAAAUGUGAACGAGCCUUUAAAUCUACCCGAUUGGGCCCAAAGUUCUCACUGCACAAAAGUUACGUUUGUGCUGGAGGUGAAGAAGGAGUAGACACCUGCACUGGAGACGGAGGUUCUCCAUUGAUGUGCCCUGGGCCGGACAACUUAUACUAUCAAAUCGGUAUUGUUGCUUGGGGCAUAGGUUGUGGUCAGAAGGACAUUCCAGGAGCGUAUACAAAUGUGGUCAUGUUCGCCGAUUGGAUUCACAAAAACGUAGAAGCAGUAGAAUGA